AUGAUUGUACCUAGGAAAUUCGGGCAAUCCAGGAGACUUUACAGCGGCGCUAUCUCCCAGGAUUUCUUGAAAAAUGUGCUUGAACGAGUGAAAGAGACUGCAGCCAGGAAACCAACGCUUAAUAGGCCAAAUCCAAGGUCAAGAGCCCCUAGACGUGCCAAUGAGAAUGGUGAGAUGGGUAGAAACCAUUCUGGGAAAAAAUUUGGCUCUAGAAGUGGUGGUUUUUCUCAAGGUCCUGUAACCAACGAUUCAAAUUUGUCUAAUGCAAAUGGAAAUAGAAAACCUGGUAUCAACGCCAGUGUUAUGAACAGACAGUCACAAUUCAGACGCAGAAGGAACGGAGCUGAUGAGACUACCAGUGGAGACAUGAGCUCGGGCAGUACAGGUAUAAUGGACGCUUUGGACUCAACCAGCGGUGUCCAGUUCCGUUCUAACAAAUUCCAGCAAACUUCAAAACAACCGGGAAGAAAACCUCGUGCACCUCGGACAUCACAGCGCACUGUUCCAGGGCAAACCAAUUCGGCAUCCUCGGUCGAAGGAAUUGCUUCUAAAGUUAGGAAAUCGACGCCUUCUCAACAAUAUUCUCCGGAUGAACCUACACCGCUUGGGCUCCUUAAGUACGCACCAAGUUUGGCCUUCAGUUCUUUAUCAAAAAUGAACUCAUAUGGGCUAUCAACUUUGCGAAAAAAUGAUUUUCCACUGACGCGCUCGAUUAACUUAGGAGUGGCAACCUCCCCUUCCGAGAAACCACUCAACGUUUCCUUGACCCCGAAUAGCGCAGGUUUUGGCAAAUAUAUACCUGCCUCGUCUUUGGCAUUGGGCAAGGAAAGACUAUUCAAGAAUGUCGCAGUAUCUCCAGACCUGAGUCAAUUCGAAAGAGCCGUACAGGGAAAGUAUAGUGCUUUAUCGCCUGCUAGCCAAAAAUCUUUUGAAAAUAUUGCCAAAAAUGCCAAGAAAAGAGGUGAGUUAGUACAAAACAGUGAGGUUGUGAGAAUAAGUCUGGAAAAAUCCAACAUAGACGUUGUUAGCAAAAACCUCGUGUUUAACGUAUGUUCAGGGCUCAAACCGGUGUCCCAGCUCGAGGUAUAG